AUGUCGGACUCCGAAGAGGUUGUCGAAGAAUAUGAGCAGUAAGACCAAGAAACAAAUGCUGUUGAAGAGGAAGAAUGGAUAGAGGAAGAAGACGAGGAAGCAGAGGAGGAGACCGAAGAAACCAAGGCAGAAGAGGGGGACCGAGAGCAGGAGCCUGGGGAAGGUGAAGGGGGACCCGCAGGUGAAUCGAAGCCAAAGCCCAAGGUCUUCAUGCCAAACCUGGUGCCUCCCAAAAUCCCAGAUGGCGAGCGACUGGAUUUUGACGACAUCCACCGCAAGCGCAUGGAGAAGGACCUGAAUGAACUGCAGGCCCUCAUUGAAGCCCACUUUGAAAGCAGGAAAAAGGAGGAAGAGGAGCUCAUGUCCCUCAAGGACAGGAUUGAACAGCGGCGAGCAGAGAGGGCAGAGCAGCAGCGGAUUCGCAGUGAGAGGGAGAAGGAGCGCCAAGCCCGCAUGGCCGAAGAAAGAGCUCGCAAAGAGGAAGAGGAGGCACGGAAGAAGGCUGAAGAGGAAGCGCGGAAGAAGAAAGCUUUCUCCAACAUGCUGCAUUUUGGAGGCUACAUGCAGAAGUCAGAGAAAAAGGGUGGGAAGAAGCAAACAGAGCGGGAAAAGAAAAAGAAGAUCCUCAGUGAACGGCGGAAGCCCCUGAACAUCGACCACCUCAACGAAGACAAGCUGAGGGACAAGGCCAAGGAGCUAUGGCAAACCAUUCGUGAUCUGGAGGCUGAGAAAUUUGAUCUGCAGGAAAAGUUCAAGCGGCAAAAAUAUGAGAUCAAUGUCCUCCGAAACCGCGUUAGUGACCACCAGAAAGUGUAA